CAACUCCAGGUUUCACCUUGCAUCCCCAAUGGCGUCCGCCUACAAGUCAGCGAAGCGGUCGGGUGAUUUUGACGAGUCUGAUGUCUCCGACGGAUCAGAUUCGGUUUCGUCCAGCGAAAGCAGUGCCACUCUCCGCGCUGGAUCUUCGGAAGGUGAAGAAGAGACAGUAGAUGCACCCCGCCUCAAAAAGGCUUCGACAUUACCUGGCGAACUGAGGAAUCGUGUUUUGAUGCUGACAUCGCGUGGUGUAUCAUACAGACACCGACAUCUUCUCUCCGAUCUUCACGGUCUUCUUCCUCAUACUUACAAAGACACCAAACUUGAUACCAAGUCAUCGAACAACUACAACUCUGCGUUAAAUGGUCUUGCCGAUCUCCACUCAUGCAACUAUGUCUUUUUCCUAGAAGCGCGAAAACAUGGUCAAGAUUUAUAUCUAUGGCUCGCUCGACCCCCGAACGGACCCACGAUCAAGUUCAGUGUGACCAAUGUCCACACGAUGGCUGAGCUUGGAUUUGGAGGCAAUUGCCUGAAAGGUGGCCGCGGAAUCGUGGUCUUUGACAAAAGCUUUGACGAAGGAGUCGCUAGCGCUGAACAUCUCCCUCUAAUCCGAGAAAUGCUACGCGGGGUCUUCUGUGUGCCCUCGAAAGGCGUGAGAGGCAUGAAACCAUUCAUUGAUCGAGUCAUCGGCAUAUAUGGUCUUGACGGCAAGAUCUGGAUUCGUAUCUACGAGAUUCGAGAAAAAGAGAGCGAAACGAAGACGACCAAAGACUCCAAUCGUUCGGCGGAAGAUAUCUCCCUUAUUGAAGUUGGCCCACGGCUCGUCCUCACCCCCAUCAUCAUUCAAGAAGGUAGCUUUGGAGGACCCAUCAUAUACGAAAACAAGCAGUUCGUCAGUCCCAACCAGCUACGGAGCGAGACGAGAUUGAAGCGUGCCGGGAAAUAUGCUAGUCGAAGAGGAGGUGCAGAAGAUCUUGCCGUCAAAAGAAAGUCCUUGGGACUCAACUCGGGUUCAAAACGAAAACGAUCAGCUCUGGAUAAUUCACAACUUUUUGGCUGAUGAGCCAGUACUCUCAGACAACGUUUCAGAACUUGAACAUUAUAUCACUGCCAGAUUUGAUACCUUACUAGCGUUGCAUCGAGCAACGGCAGUAUAUUGCCUUCGGCAGUUUUCUUCGACCUCAUGGCCAAGUGAUUAUUGCGGUCUGGUUGCGGGCUAUGAUCUGACCCAAACCCUAAUCGACAUCAUUCGACAAGGGCGCACACCGAUCUUACGGCGUAGCAUGUUUAUGCACCGACACCUUCCGACAAGGCACCACCUCCUUCGCUGGAAAAAGCGGCACAUUCUCAGGCCUUUCACAGAAAUCCGGUGAUGAAUCUGGUUCAUCGUCCCUCCAAGUGUGGCCCUCAACCACUUGGAUGAGAAAGUCUUGUGGCCAAUUUUGCUAUUCGGAACCGACAAGAAAGACCCAUGUCACUGGUACAGCUACGUCGAUUCUCAUUCUGGGGCUUCCUGCACAGACUUUACGGCAUUGUGGCAAGCAACGGAGGACUAGAUCUCAGAUGACAAAGUGGUACGAGAUCAACUCGACCGUGUGCGCAAAUAAGUAGCCAGCCUAGAUUUGCA